AUGUCGCCAUGCCCCCGCCGCAUCGUGCUUAACACCCUGGGAGCAGCCAUUGUCGUUACCGCGUGUUUUUUCUGUAAGACCGUCGAGGACUCUAACUUCAACAAGCUACGCCCGAAGAAGCUGGCCUUGGCCACCCCUUCAAGCCCCGGCGCUGAUGCGGGUGGGGGGGGAGAUCGCGAGGGCAGCAGCAACAGCAACAACGCCGAUGCCGCCGUCGACAAUAUAGCGGCCGAUGCUGCCGUCGAGAGCUUAGCGCCGGACGGGGAGCAGCUGGUGUCGUUGAAGCCGGGUGACAACAUCGGACCCUAUCGCCUCCAGGAACACCUUGGUUACCUGGGCAGCCGGCCGGUACACGAGUACGACCCGGCCUUCCACCCCCACGCGGCCAAGCGUGUGGGGUUCUCCCCUCGCGGCAUGCUCUCCCCUCCCCCCCGCCCCCCCGCCUGCCCCCCGACACGCCAGGGGGCGGCUUCGCGCCCGUCGAGUCGUCGGAACGGGGCUGGGGGUGUGUGUGAGGGGGGCGACGCGUUAGUAUUAAAGGGGGGGGCAGAGGAUAAUACUGCUGAGGGGUCUUACAGGCUCAAGAGGCGGUUUGAGGGUGGCAGCCACGGGGAGGUAUGGAGGGGGGUGCGGUUAGGCCCGGAUGGCAAGCCGUCCUUGGCGCACGGCUACGUUCUGAAGCGCAUGCUUCUGGAGAAGGGGCGGCACGUGCUGCAGGCCGGCAUAAGGGAGAUCUACUUCGGAGAACUCCUGCAGAGCCUGGGAGGGUCACCGCAGAUAGCAAGGUACGUGGAACACCUGUACCUCUUCGGCGACCACGAGCGGGGCCGCUUCGGGAGGGCCGGGGAGGAGGCGCCGGGGGCGGGGGAGGGGAUGGGGGGGGCGUGGGACGCGGGAGAAGCCGUACCGACGGAGAUGUGGCUGGUCUUCCGAGACGAAGGCAUGUCCCUGCGGCACUACCUCUACACCGAGCGAGAGGCGGAGGGGUUCGUGCUCCACGGGCAGAGUUAUUUCUGGAGGGACAUGCGGCUUGACCCCGAGGGCCCCGAGGUGAUGAAGUCUAUCCUGCGGCAGAUCUUGGAGGGCACCCGCUUCCUCCACGAGACGGGGGUCGUCCACAGGGACCUCAAGCCUUCCAACCUUAUUGUCUCCCUUUCACCGGUGGCGGCGGCGGCGGCGGCGGCGGCGGCGGCGGCGGCGACGACGACAACGACGCGUCACGCGCCCCCCCCCGGCCCCAGGCCGGGAUCCGGCGACCCGACAGGGGACGGGUACGAAUCGUCCCCGCGGGGGGACAGAUACCAGUCGUCCCCGACCGAGACCACGCCUGUGAGGGACUGGGGUAGCGACAGCAGCAGUAGCAGCAGCAGCAGCAGCGGCGGCAGCAGAGGCAGCAGCGGCAGCAGCGGCAGCAGCGACAAGCCCGAGAAGAGGAGGAGGCGGACCGGCGGUAGUUUCGAGUCGGCAGACGUGGGGGGCGAGCACGAACAAGGGUCCUCCUCCUCUACGUCGUCGUCUGCUAGGAGGACGCGGUUGUUGCUGAGGGUGGCGGACUUCUCGAGCGCGGUCGACGAGGGCGCCAUGCCGACCGGGCUGUACGGGGCUGAGGGCCCCGGUCAGUCGGAGGAGACGCUACAGUACGCUCCGCCGGAGGUGCUCUUUGACCCCGAGACGGCGUACUCUGCUCAGCGGCCGGAAUCGUACGACAUGUGGUCGAUCGGGGUGAUCCUCCUCGAGCUCAUCCUUGGCACACCAGAGGUGUUCACGGUGGACCAGCGCACCCGAGCGAUCCUGGACCGAGACCUGGCCUUCGAGGAUGACGAGGUUAGGGCUAAGGCUCAUCUUCUUGCGGCUAUGGCGGACAUGUGCAUCUACUCCGGCCCCGGCAGCCACGACGGCGAGGGCAGCAGCUCACCCCUGGGGGACACAGCGGUAGUCAACGAGAGGUGCACGCUGGCCGACCUGGGGGGUGCGGUGCACACGCGAGAUGCGCUGGAUAUCGGGUUUCCGGACCAGUGGGGGCUGGAUCUCCUGUGGCGUCUGCUGCGGUGGGACCCGAUGAGCCGCAUCUCUGCGUCCGACGCCCUGGAGCACGCCUACUUUGUCGGCCCUUACCGAAGCCGCCGGGACGGCACGUUGCACGCCACCCAGAGCCCAUGGACGCGAUGGCGUACGACGGCUGGUUCACCGGGUCCAAACGAAUCAGCCCCACAGCAUUAGCCCCCCGGUCGCCGCCUUUCCCGCACGCCGCGGUCUGGGGAGCGGCGACACCACCCGGAGGUGACGGUUUCAACGACAANGGGGGGGGG